CGAGAGCUAAGAUUGGAGGCGGACGCGAGUCGUGACAAAGAAACAGGUCCGGGCUGCCGCGACUGUAACAGGUCCGGGCUGCCGCGACUGUCACAUGUCCGGGCUGCAGCGACUGUCAUAGGGUCGGGCUGUAACAGUUGGCUAGAAUACCUAACUGCAUCUUCUGGCGGUCCAAUGGAACCCGACAUGAUGGGGCCACAACCGACCACGGGCGAAGCGGGAGAGGAGUACAGGGCAUCGCCCGAUCGAGCACUGAGGGAUCUGAAGGAACGAAUUAGGCAAGAAGCACCGCUGAGAUGGGCUGACCAAACCAAUGACGGAGGGCCCGGCAUGAGAGGCGAACCAGUUGCGACAGAGCCGCAGGAGGCUCUAAAGACGGGUACCUCGAGCGGACGACGAGAAGCGACGAGGCGGCGCUCCCCCGAGUACGAGCGGAGGGACACCAUAGCGGACAGGUACAGAGACGACUGGAGAGAGAAUUUGAGGGAUUCCUAUUGGAGGGACAGAGAUAGAGACAGGGCGCCGUCCAGGCGAGUCUUCGACCCCCAGACAGGGGAGUCACAUCCGCUCCCUUACGAGAGCAAGGACCGCUAUAUUAUUACGUACAAGGUCUCAAAGCCUCCUACCUUCAGGGGCUAUGGUAUCACAGAAUAUCUGGAGAAGUGGGAGCUUCACGCCAGCCGGAGUCAGUGGUCGGAGGAAGAGAUUAUAGAGAACUUCCUAUUUAAUGUGGACCCAAGUCUUGGUAGGGAAGUUAACGAAGCUCGACUGAAGGAUGGGAAAUGGACUACGUGCAAGGAGAACCUCGUUGAGCUUUACAAAUUGGAGGAUAACAAGUAUUCCAUCAAGGACCUUGAAACAAUGACUCAAGAUGAAGAUGAGAGCGUACGGGCAUUUGGGAUGCGUUUCCAAAAGAUCUCCGACGUGCUGAUCAAGAAGGGGAAGAUCUCAGAGGUCGAGCGAUGUACUAUCUUCAUCGGACAUUUGUCCAAAGUGGGUGGUUUGCUGUCUCAGAAGGAUGCUGGAGGGAAGGAAAGACCGUUAAGAUUUGAGAGUAGGACACUUAAUACGGCUGAGCGUAACUACAGUCAAUUCAAGAAGGAAGUGUUAGCUGUUCUCCGAUGUCUAGACACGUUCAGACACUAUAUCUAUGGGCGGCGGUUCAUCUUGAGAGUAGACCCCACCGCGGUUGCCUCUGUCCUCUAGAAUGACUUUAGUCUGACGGACCCGACCAUCGCCCGAUGGUUAGUACGGAUUCG